GUGUAAUGUGUUCUUACACUAGUUUCCAAAAGCUUGGCUUAGACAGAAGUUUUUCGUCUUCCAAAAUCUGCAGCAGCAUUGAAUCUUUUCGUCUUCCAAAAUCACCUUUUCGUUUUCCUUACUAGAAAACUAGAACAUCUUUUUGGAUUACACGCUCGUGGGUAGACUUGGUAGCUUUUUGAAAUUUAGGAUUUAUUUGUCCAAAUUUUCAUUCCCGCUCGUGGUUCCUUCGUUGAUAGAUUGGGGUUUUUCAUGAGUAAUGUCUUCAGUUCAGAUAUGAAUUUGCAGGUUACUGAAAUGGAGAAUAACAACAGAAGGCCUAAACUGAUGUUUGAAAAGUAUACGUGGAAGAUCAAUCACUUCUCUAAAUUGAAUCCGGAAGAAGAACUUCUCUCUGACAAAUUUCGACUCAAUGAUUUUACAUGGUACAUUGUUAUCUGUCCACCUGGAGACAUUCAUGAUUACUUGCAAAUUUAUUUAGAAGCUGACAAGGAUUGUGCUAAUUUACCUAAGGACUGGAAAAAAAUUGCAAAUUUCAAUUUGACUUUAAUCAAUCAGGUCAAUGACAGAUGGAGCGUAAGAAAAGGGUUUGAAUUUGAGUUUAGUGCAGAUGACUACUAUGAUGGUCGGAGUAAUUUCUUGUCUUUCCGUGAAUUUAAUAAACCUGGAAGUGGGUUUAUUGUGAAUGAUACCUGUGUUGUUGAAGCUGGGAUUUUUGUCACCAAGUACGUGUAUGUUAAUGAUGAAUAUCAAUCUGUUUUCAAGAUUGAUGACAACCCUCCAAAAGAUAAUGAUAAUUCUUCCUUCCAUGAAAUGUUCAUACACUCGUUUAAAAAUAUAGAGCAAACUUUAAUUCCACGAUUAGAAAGAGUAUGUUUAUAUGUUCCCUCCCUUGUGGUGAGUCAAGAGAAGAGAAGUUUUAGGUUUACUGAAUGGGCAUUUACAACUUUGGGUCAAAUUCUUCAUUUUAUGGGCACUAAAAAGUUGAAAGAUAUGGAUGAUGAAGCAUGUAAUCAUCUUCAAAUUCUAUGGGAUACUGUUAAUACAUUUGGGUUUGAUUUGAGUUGGUUAGAAGAUGAUGUUGAAGAUGCCUUGUUGUGAGAAGUUAUAUAGAGGAAGAUGCUAUGGAGGUAAGAAUGGCUCAGGAGAACGUAGAUGCUUUAGAAAUUGAGACAAAGGUGCUGAGAACAGCAUUGAUCGAAAGAGAGACUGAACUUGAAAUGGCAAAAAGGAACCUGGUGAAAGCAGAAGAACAAUUUGAAGAGAGAAUGGACAAUUUGGAUAGUGUAUUAGGAUAUGGAGGCACAUUGAUAUGAUAAAUUAAUCAAAGAAUUGACUGGAAGUACUUGUAUUUUGAUGAAUAUUUUAAACAAUAGUUGGAAAAA